AUGCGGAGACUCGACAAAGAACUCAAGACUGUCAAAAUAAAACUGGCGACUUACUGUACGGUCUUCCAGGCCGAAAUGGUGGCGCUGCAUAAGGCUGUGCAACUGGCAACGAAAGUUGCCAGCCCAAAGGUAAACCUGUGCAGCGACUCCAGGUCGGCCUUGGAUGACAUAGUGAGCGGUCGCUCCCUCAGUCCCCUCGUUGUACAAAUUAGAGAGACCCUUGGGAGCCUCUCCAACCAUAAGGAGGUAAGGCUCUAUUGGAUUAAAGCACACGUGGGUCACGAGGGGAAUGAGAGAGCCGACCAGCUCGCUAAAGAGGCCGCACAUGACAAAAAGAGGAAACCCGACUAUGACAGAUGUCCAGUCUCAAAAAUAAAAAGACUUUUGAGAACCGACUCGAUUCGGCGGUGGGAGGAGGAAUAUGGAGGUGGAACAACGGCUUCCACCACCAGGUUCUUCCUUCCAACCGUCGCAUCUGCCCUUAAGGCAAUGAGAGAGUUAAUUGAAAUUUUUUCAGCUGGACUGGCCGGUUUCGACUCGGUUAAGUUUACUAGUAAUUCAACUGAGGUGCUGAAGAACAUACCUGUGGCGCAUCGCAUGUCUGAGUUAGUCGAGUUCAGUUCUGACAGUCAGUUGAAAAUCUUAGGUCUUCAUUGGUCUCCGUCUGAAGAUUCAUUCGUGUUCAGCGUGAAUGUUGAGCAGAGAAAGUGUACUAAGCGAAAUAUCUUGUCGACGAUUGCGCGUCUAUGGGAUGUAAUGGGGUUCGUGGCACCCUUGAAAUCCCUUUGGAAAAAUAAUAUAGAUUGGGACGAGAAACCGCCUUCGAAUAUUAGUUCACUUUGGCAGCAGUUUGAAGCAGAGUUACCUUUACUGAAAAAUCUAAAAAUGUCGCGUCAUGUUUGA